ACCUGCCACCACGUCUCCUCCCGUCGCUCUUUCCGCCCCCGCACUUCCACGGUAAGCCAACAUCCGCAUUCGCGUCAGUAUGGCCGCAGCAAAGUCCAAGAACGCCCCCGCUCACGGCACGAGCAAGAAGACCAAGUCUGCUACACUGACCGUUGACGGGAAGUCUGCGAACGGCAGCACCAGUCCUGCGCCCGCGACUCCGGUGGAGAUUCCCUUCGAAUUCGCUACGUAUGGACCAGGCAAGCCAGACAAGGCCACCUAUGAGAAGGAGCAGGAGCAAGUCAAGGCUCAGAUUGACGCCCUCCAGGUCAAAGUGUCCGCUGUGAGGGAGAAGAUUAACAUCGCUACCAAGCCGGGCGGUAACAAUGACAAGAGGAACGCUCUUCGUGCUGAGUUGGAAGGCAUCCGUGACCAGCAGUCAACGGGCAAGACAUCCCGUACCAAGAUCUUUGAACAGCUGAAGGCCAUUCAGGACGGCGUGCAGAAGAAGGUCAAGGAUCUGAACGCUGCCAAGGCGAAGGCUCAAUUCAGGACCGUGGAUGAGGUUGACGACCGAAUUCAGCUGCUCGACAGGCAAGUGGAGUCCGGAAACCUCAAGCUUGGUGACGAAAAGCGUGCCUUGGCUGAGAUCAGCCAACUCAAACGCACCCGCCGUAUCGUCGAAGGCUUCCAGACAGAGCAGGAGUCGAUUGAAGCCGAGCGUGCCAUAGCCGACGAGCUCCGGAAGCAACUAGACGACCCCGAGGCGAAGGCCGCCUCGGAGCGCUACGACGCCCUCAAAACUGAGCUUGACGAACUGAAGAAGGAGGGUGACGACCUCGCGGCGAACCGGAACAAGCUGUUCGACGAGCGCAACAAGCUGUCCGCGGAGCUCGACGUGCUGUAUAACCGCAAGCGGGAGUCCGCACAGCGGUUCCGUGAAGCCAACGACAAGCACUUCGCCAAGGUCACCGAGGAGCGGGCGCGUCGAGCAGAACGCGCUCGGGCACAGCGUGCCGCGGAGGAGGAGGCCAAGAAGAAGGAGCUGGCUGAGCAGAUCCGGGAGGAGGCAGAGGCGCCUGCGUUUCAGGCGCAGAUCGAGGACUGCCAGACGUUGGGGGACUACUUCUCUGGCAAGACGUCUGCGCCCACUCUGUCGUCCGAGAAGGACAAGGCUGACCUCGUUGGAGUGCCGAAGCUCGAGCUGCGCCAGGUCGAUGCAGGUCCAGGGGAUGGUUUGGUAGCCCGUAAAAAGAAGGGCGACGACGAGGAUAACUACUUCGUCGCCGCGUCUCGGAAGGGCCAAAAGGCACAGAGGAGUAAAGCCAAGCCUGCGCCGGCGGAAAGCAACAACGCCAACGCCAGCGACGCGUCUGGCAGCCAGGGCCAGCUGCACCUCCCCCUCGCCACGCUCUCGGCGCUCCUCUCCUUCUCAAUUGCGCCACCUACAUCGUCCGCCGACGUGCCCCGUGUCAUCGAGGACCUAAACGCGAAGAAGGCAUGGUUCCUGGAGAACCAGGCGCGUGUCACGGCCGAGAACAAGCAGAAGGCGGAGGCGCGAAUCAAGCAGCUCAUCGGCAAGUCGGAGAAGGUCGACGUGCCCACGUCCGACGACAUCACGCCUCCCAACGGCGGCGGCGAGCGUCCUGCCGAGCCCGCUCACACACCGGCCACCGUGGAGAUCUCGUCAUUAGCUGUACCCAGCGAGGCGGUCGUCGACAAGCUGGAGGCCGUGGAGGAGCAGAGGGGUGAGGCUGAUGAAUCAUAGCGAUCGUUGAGCACGGCUUGGACUUACUGCAUUUGUCGAUUCCGUGUAUAUUCACCCAAUCUACUACCCAUACACCGCCUUUGAUGAGAUAUUCAGAGUACUGGUAUCGUAUUAUUAUAGAGACACUCCAUUCACCCGUAGACCAUGGAGAUACAUUGCUGGAGUACGACAGGUGAGAGCAGUGUCAGGGCAGGGAGCAACAGGGGGAAUACAGCA